AUACAUAAACAAAACUGAUCAGGAAGGGAGAACUGAAAGAAAAGGAAGUUUAUGUGAGGUGUUUUAACCUCAUUUUAAAUGUCUAUUAAAAGAGGUGUGAAAUUAUGCCUAGAUCUAACAGAAGUCGAAGUAGUGGAAGAGAGUCGCACAGAAGCAGGACUCGUAGUCGACAUAGAUCUUCUUCACGCAGGAUAAGUAGAAGAAAACUAAAAGAGAAAAACUUCUGGUCUGCAUUAUGUAGUAUGGUUGCUAUAGUUAUAAUGUGUACAUCCCUAGCGGAGCCCCGAUGGAUCUCCUUACACGGGGGAGGAUGCAGAUUGAGGGACUGUGUCCCCCUUGAUCACAUAGGAGCUUAUCAGUUCUUCUACUCCGGGCACUUCCUGAAAACAUAUGAUUUAAACUGUCCAAAUGGCAAUGCUGUGACACAUAUACUCUACCAGUAUGGAGAUGAUACGUCAAGUACCAUGGACAACUGUGUUACCCAUAAAGCAGUGAGUCUAAUGAAGACCAUUAUAUCCUUCACAUUCCUGGCUCUGUUGUGUACGUUGUGUGCUUUCAUAUUAGAUCUUGUGGGUCCUACACAGCGUUCACUGAAGAUAAUACACAGAAACGCCAUCUUUAAUAUCAUAGCAGUGAUUCUAUGUGUGAUUACAGACCUGUUCUGCUACUGGCUUGUGACAGAGGUCCUCUUCCUGCAGAAAAUGACAAAACUUCACACAGGAAGUAAAGUAACAGUGACCUUUGACAUCAGUUUCUACUUGAUAGCAGCAGCAGGUGGCAUGGGAGUGUUUGCUACUGCAUUAAACUGUUUGCGGAGAUACCCAGUGUAUGAGGACGAUCAGUCAAAUGCUCUUUUAGAAGAACACGCUUAUGACUGUGUACAUCCAGACCCAGGAAGUGGUCUCCCAGAAAACCACCCCCCUCCCCCUCCAUACUCUGCAUAAUUAACUCGUAUACAGCUGUUUUGCAUAAAUUUAUUUAUUUAAAUUAGUACACAUAUAAUUCCUUGGAGGAUCUAUGUUCUCUCAAUAGCAUUUUAAAAAAAAUAUGCAAGUUUACACAACAUUUUUUUAUCUGGAUUCCACUAAUCCAGUCUUUUCACUCUUGAGAUGAAAAUUUAUGAAAAGUACCGGUAAUGUGUUGAAUGUUAUACAAGGUUUUUCAGAUAAGCUUUUGACUGAUCCAGUUGUUCUUUUCCUUCAGAUUUAGGUCAAAACCACCGAGGCAUCACUGUUUGUGUUUCAGCAAAAUGACUACAUGUAUGUAUUAUUGAUACACUUACGAAACUUUUUUAUGCAAGGAACAUUAAAUUUUUGUUAUACGUUUAUAUAAGAUGUUUAAAAUCUAUUAUUGUAUUUUAUCUUUGAAAUGGAAAUCUAUUGAACUCACUUGAGCCCAAGGAUCAAGUGAACUUCCUUAAUUGAGGUUUGCAGUGUAUUCUGUCCCUUGUCAUUAAUUUUUCGCAAUUUUCAUGAUUUCUGCUUGCUUUUUCUUUCUCCAGAACCCCUUGUCCAGUUUUGCAUAGGUUCAUUGAAUAAAUAAUGUUUAGGUCUGUUCAAAUCAAUGGAUUUAUGGAUAUAUAACAUAAUUUUGUACAUAUAUGUACAGUUGAACUUCUAUAUCUCAAACACUGAUAUCUCGAAUACCCUUGAUAUCUCCAAUCGUCAGAUAUCUUUUGAGUUUUUUCUUGGUCUUAUCAAGGUCAAUAUAAUGAGGUUUGACUGUUUAUCUAAAUAAAUUCAUCUUCAGAUCAGCAAGAUUACAUGUACAGUUAAGUAGUAUCUAAGUGUCAAUAUGUAAAGGAAAUCUGUUCAAAAUUUGGCUCGAUAGGGUCCAAAGCUGGAUAUUAAACUCUAUAUGUUCAUGUACAAUAUUGUAAAAUAAAAAAACAAAAGAGUUAAGUCCCAUGCUUCACCAAGCAAUGCAUGUAAUAAAUGCAAAUACAGUAUAUAUAGACAUGUAGAUGCUCUGUUGUAGAAUUAAAAUUGCGAAACCUUUGGCUUAGUUUGGGAUACCAAUAAACAGUUUUAUGACAUUUUUGUUUUAGAAAAAGUCAUUUUACUCAAGCUAAGUUUAUGGCCUGAUGGGCAUUUUCUGCAUUUAUAUAAAGAUCUGUGAUGCUAUAUUAAGUACUGAUUCAUUUGAUUACGUGUACUCCAGUAUCUAAUUUUAACAAUAUUAAUUAUAUGUCAAGUUUUACUUGUUACUUUCUUUUUUGUAACAAGAACUGUUAAGGAAUUAUUACAGUCAUUGUGAAUGAUUGUACACUUUGUAAACUGUGAUUAAAAGUAUUUUGUAACAUUA